GCAAGUUUGAAGCCAUGUCUGGAAAACCGAAACUUUACUACUUUGAUGGAAGAGGAAAGAUGGAGUCGAUCCGCUGGUUGCUAGCUGCCGCUGGGGUCGAGUUUGAAGAAGAGUUUUUGGAAACCCGAGAGCAGUAUGAGAAGCUCCUGCAAGGUGGAUCCCUGCUGUUUCAGCAAGUGCCCAUGGUGGAGAUGGAUGGGAUGAGGAUGGUGCAGACCAGAGCCAUCCUCAGCUACAUAGCAGGAAAGUACAACCUCUACGGGAAGGACCUGAAGGAAAGAGCCUUGAUUGAUAUGUAUGUUGGAGGAACUGAUGACCUUAUGGGCUUCAUUUUGAUGUUCCCUUUCUUAUCAGCUGAGGAUAAAGAGAAACAACGUGCUUUUAUAGUCCAAAAGGCAACCAGCAGGUAUUUCCCAGCAUAUGAAAAGAUUCUGAAAGACCAUGGACAGGACUUUCUUGUUGGCAACAAUUUCAGCUGGGCAGAUGUUCAUCUUCUUGAAGCCAUUUUAAUGGUAGAAGAGAAGAAGUCAGAUGUGCUCUCAGGCUUUCCCCAGCUACAGGCAUUUAAAGCAAGGAUAAGCAACAUCCCCACGGUGAAGAAAUUUCUGGAGCCAGGAAGUCAGAGGAAGCCUGUUCCAGAUGAUAAAUUCGUGGAGACUGUGAGGAAAGUUCUCCGCAUGUAUUAUGACAUAAAGGCCAAUUAGUGGUCCU